AUGAAUUGGAAAACUUUCGAGAGUGUUCGUCACAUCCAAAUGACCAACGACGGAGAACGACACACGGCAGUCGCCGCCGUCGACCGGAAAGGCAGGUUCGCACGAAACGAAUCCAGUUUCCGAGACCGCGUUUCAGAUAUCGUUUCGGAAAAAAACCGAUACAAACUCAUCGUUUCCUACGCCUGCCCGUGGGCGACGCGAUGUCUUUCCGUCCUCUAUCUGAAAGGAUUGGACGAUGGAAUCGAGGUGGACAUCGUGCACCCGACGUGGCAGAAAACGAGAAGAAAAAGAGGAAAAGAGGACGAGGAGGAUACGGAUGAAGAUGAUGGACACGCCGGGUGGGUUUUUCCCAACGAGAACUGUCGAUGGAUUCAACAUUUGUCCGGGAUUGAAAGCGCGAAAUUCGAGGUGCAAGCGUAUCACACGAGGAAGGACCCGAAGAAGACGAAGAAGACGGAGUUUUAUUCCAUCCGAGAUUUCUACGAAGAGCACGACAAUUCGUACAAAGGUCCGUUUACGGUACCAAUCUUGUACGAUCAAACUGAAAAGCGAAUCGUGAACAACGAGAGCAGCGAGAUUAUUCGAGAUUUGAACGCGCGGUUUCAACCGCUCGCGAAGAACGCGACGUUAGAUUUGUACCCGGAGAGUAAGCGAAAAGAGAUUGACGAGAUGAACGAGUGGACGUAUCGCGCGAUUAAUAACGGCGUCUAUAAGUGUGGGUUCGCGCGGACGCAAGAGGCGUACGAGGAAGCCGUGGAAGAGUUAUACGAAGGUUUGGAGAGAUUGGAAAGCGUUCUCGAGCGUUCGAAGAUGAAGUUUUUGGUGAGCGACGACGAGGUCACCGAAAUCGACGUUCGGGUGUUCCAAACGUUAGUUCGAUUCGACGAGGUGUACGUCGUGUACUUUAAAACGAACAAAAAAUGCAUUCGCGAGUAUAAGAACAUCAGCGCGUACGUGAAACGGUUAUACGCGAUGCCGGCGUUUCGAAAAGCGACCAACAUGUGGGACAUUAAGACGCAUUAUUUCACCUCGCACGUCGCGUUAAAUCCGUACGGGAUAAUACCUAAAGGCGAUCCGAGUUGGUUAACGUAA